GGGGACGAGGCGGAUUCAGACCAGCCGAGUCAUCGAUGUCAGCAGGCGACAGCGGCGCGCGCCGAAUCCUCGAGUCCCGCCCGAAAAAGGAAGAGCGCCGGGCCAAUCAGGGCAGGAAGGGCUUUUUAAACCUAGUGUAACAUUUCAAUGGCUACCCAGAUGACUGAUGGUCAUCGACGGUUUCUGCAGGUGCUGAUGUCUCAUGGAAUAAUGGAAGCGUCGGUGGCUAGAACAUUACACAGGGACUGCUGUGAAAUCCAUAAAGUCUACUAUGCUCAUGAUAAAUUGGAUGACUUCAUCAAUGUUGUUAACAUCCAUCUACAGCCUUUCUUUAUGCAGAUCCGGAAGGGAAUGUCUGAAGAUGAUGGGAGAACAUAUUACGCAUUGGUGAAUCUGGCAGAAACUGAAAUAUCUAAGAUGGCAUCUGACUAUACAGAAAAUGAGUUAGAAUUGUUCAGAAAAACUAUAUUUUUCUUUCUGCAGAUGGAUGUGAUCAUCAUAUCAGAAAGUGGCUUUGCAUCUUCCACAAAUAUUUUAAACCUGGCUGACCAACUUAAAACAAAGAAAAUGAAGAAAAAGGAAGCAGAGCAAGUGCUGCAAAAUUUAGUGCAGGAUAAGUGGCUCUCUGAACGAGAUGGGGAGUACACGUUGCACACUCGCUGCAUAAUGGAGAUGGAGCAAUACAUCCUCAGCAACUACCAAGACUUGGUGAGGAAAUGUAACAUCUGUCACAGCCUCGCCAUCCAGAGUCAAGUAUGUGAAACCUGUGGAAUUGGAAUGCACUUGCCUUGUGCCGGAAAAUAUUUCAAAGCUCAGACGGAACCACACUGUCCCCACUGCAAUGAGUUUUGGCCACAUGAGAUUCCAGAGAUAAAUCGGCCAGAUUCCCAGUUGCCUUCAAGUGCCCCGAGGGAGAGGAGAAGAACCUCAUCUUCAGGAACAAGGCGGCGUUAGAAAGACCAGCUUCAGUUAGAGCGGCCAUUUUCUUUCACUGUCUUAAAGAUGAGCCCAAUUGCAGUUUACUUCAUCGUUAGUGUAAAAUGUGUCAUUCUGAAAGUAGGAAUGCCUAGGGAACAAAGUCAACUUUCUUUUUAUGGUUUGUUUUUACUUGGCUAAAAUCUUGCUAGAAGUUUGAAAAUAAAACUGUUCUGUCCUUG